UCUGUCGUGGGACAUCACUAAAGUGAGAAGACAAAACGCUAUUGCCUCAGGCCGGAACUGAAUAUCGCGCUCAUGUUGCCGGGGGGACAUCUUUGAGUAUGCACCGCCGGUGAUGGACCGACCCGGAAGUGGGGACUCUGGGAGCCGGAAGUGCCUCUGUCGUGGGACUGCACGGUGCCGCGCUAGCUGGUUUCGGCCGGGCAUGAAGGAGUGGGAGACGAGCCGGGCCGCCGCUUUCCCCCGUCACCAUGGCCAAGCGGCAGGGCCAGGACUUCUGGCGGGAGAGCCUGCAGGGGGCGCGCUACGUGCUGGCCCCAAUGGUGGACCAGAGUGAGCUGGCCUGGAGGAUGCUGAGCCGCAGACACGGGGCCCAGCUCUGCUACACCCCCAUGUUACACGCCCAGGUCUUCGUCCGGGACCCCAAUUAUCGCAAGGAGAACCUGUACAGCGAGCUGAGCCCCGAGGACCGGCCCCUUAUCGUCCAGUUCUGUGCAAAUGAUCCGGAAGUGUUUAUCCAGGCCGCCCUCCUGGCUCAGGACUGUUGUGAUGCAGUUGAUCUGAACCUCGGUUGCCCGCAGAUGAUUGCGAAGAGAGGUCACUAUGGAGCCUUUUUGCAAGAUGAAUGGGUUCUUCUGGAGAAGAUGAUUGAGCUGGCACAUCAGAAAUUGUCGGUGCCCAUCACUUGCAAGAUCCGUGUUUUUCCAGAGAUUGAGAAAACUGUGACCUACGCCAAGUUACUGGAGAAAGCUGGGUGCCAGCUGCUGACUGUUCAUGGUCGUACUAAGGAGCAGAAGGGUCCCCUAACAGGCGUUGCAUCCUGGGAGCAUAUUAAAGCUGUGAGGAAUGCCGUCAGUAUUCCUGUUUUUGCCAACGGGAAUAUACAGUACCUUAGUGAUGUGGAUCGAUGUAUUCAAGAGACGGGAGUCCAAGGGGUGAUGAGUGCAGAGGGGAAUCUCCACAAUCCGGCCUUGUUUGAAGGGAGGAAUCCUAUGGUAUGGGAGAUGGCAGAGGAGUACUUGGACCUUGUCCGGAAAUACCCGUGCCCUUUGUCUUUUGUUCGGGCACACAUCUUCAAGUUGUGGCACCACACUCUGCAGAUUUACCAAGAAAUACGAGAAGAACUGGCAAAGGCCAAGUCCCUGGAAGGCAUUAUUGCUGUUAAUAAAGAACUGAAGGUUAAGUGCCAGGAAGAAAUGGCUAACAAAAAGGAAGGCGAUGAGAAUACGGGAGACUUGCCUUUCCCCCACUGGAUAUGCCAACCCUACGUACGACCACCGCCCAAAGACCCUUUGAAGGAGGAGAUCGCAAUGCGAGCAAAGCGAUCGCUGGAGGAGGAAGAGGAUGGGAACACGGAGCAGCUUUCAAAGAACAAGCAAAAAAAGAAACAGCGCAAUCCGAACAAAAUCUUUGACUCUUCUGUAAAGCCUAAAUAUGCAAAAUGUGACCAGUGUGGAAAUCCCAAGGGCACCAAGUGCGUGUUCCAUUUGUGUCGCAGCUGCUGCAAGAAACAAGCAUUCAGGGAGAUGGCAGACUGUGCAGGUCACGGACUGCUUUUUAAAACCAAAUUUGAGAGGUCUGCUCAGUAUAAAUCUGUGCAGGAGGGAGACGUGCCAGAGAAGAACCUUACGGAAUCAAAGCUCCCCCAGCCACCCCCUGAGAUCAAAGUCUGAGCCCUUUACCCCCUGUGGAGCCCGGGACGGCUCAUUACAGCUCUUCACAGGCUCCCUUCCUACCGCUUGCUCAGGGAAUCGUUCACUCUGGCGUGUCUGGGAUCGUCGACGCCCCCGCUUUGCUAGGGCACGGUACAAAAACUUUUUGCACUUCGGACUUUAACAUUUCUAAUGUUUUUAAGCUUUACAGUAUAUUUUGACUGGACUGAUAUAUGUUUUCCCGAUUUUUGCCUUUUGAAAAAACAAAAAAAAGUAUGCUGCUACCAGACUGAAUUGUAGGUGCUGCUUGAGCGUCAGCUGGGGACGCCGCGGUGAUGUAACUGGAUUGCGAGGACGUCGUUUUAGACAUUUAAAGGCUUCGAAAAGAAAGACAAAGACAGAUCUUAUGAAUUUAUAUCCGUCUCUUGUCUAAAUAUGUUGAUGUAAUACUCACUAAAGUGAUCUGUAGCCUUUUCUAUUUUGUGUUUUUAUUUUUUUUUAGGCACACAGCAGUCAAAACAAUAUGUGAUUUAUGCAGAUCGUUAAAAGCUAUACUCCAGUCAGGUGUAAAAAUUAAUGUAGCUCUGUAUUGAGUUAGACUGCAUUUUUAAAAAAUAAAUAAAAAAUUUACAGUGCCUUGAAAAA